UCCAGUUUUACUCGGCCACGGCUGAAGAAAGGACUUGAAAUUACGAUUUACGAAGUAGAAAGAAACGACACAGAGAGAAGCUAGAACAACACGAGCAAGCAAUAGACAAAGAAAUGAUCGUGGGUUGAAGGUUCCCUAACCAGAGAAGAAAAAAAAAUAGACGAGAACGUAGAAUAAAAAUUAAAAAACCCAAAAAAAUUGCUCCAAUUUCCAGCACCCCGUCGUCGUCAUAUAUAUUUCUUUCCCACUCGUUUCUUUGGAAAACCGCCUGGAGCUGGGAAGCUGUCACAUCUCCAAUGAACGACUCUCAACGGUAACUCCCUCUCAUUCCUUGUUUUGUUUAUUUUAGUUCCAACGAUCCAAUUCAGUUCAACUGAAUUCAAAUCAUCUGGUAGUAAUCCAUUAAGUUAUGUCCAACCGAAGAACAAUAAACCAUCGACAAGAAACAAACAGACCCAUCUUUGAUUUCUUCUCUAUUACCUUCCACUCUCUGUUUUAUUAGUAGUUUAGCGUUAGAAAUCCAUUGUUUGUUAAUGGAGAACUACAGUUCAUAUCCUUACCACGAUCCAUAUCGAUACCCUCCACCUCCCUCUCUUCCUACCCCUGCUCCUCCUCCAAAUUCAGAUCCAUACGCACCAUCUCCAACACGACCAUCUCUUGGUAAUACUUAUUCUUAUAAUUCAUCUGCAACUCAUUCCUUCAAUUAUCAACAAUACCCACCACCCCCAGAUUGUCCUCCUGCUCUUCCAUACUCGAGUCAUUCUGGGUCUUUAGAAUAUCAUUAUCCCCAACCUUCUUAUCGAGCUAUGCCCCUCUAUCAACACCCAUAUCCCAAUCCCCCUGUAAUACAUAAUUCUCAUCACCCUAGUCCACAACAACACAAUGGCAUUUUUCAAUAUGGUACAUCGCAUUACCCUCCGCAACAGACCGUUCAAUAUCCUCCACCUGAAAGUUACCUGAUAGUUCAUGGCCGUGCCAAUAGCUUCUCUGGUUACCCCCACCAAGAUAGUUCACUGCAUACUAGUGUUGUCUCUUCUCCAAAUCAUGAUGGUUUAGGUGAUUCAUCCCCAUCCUGCCCCUCACUUUAUCCUCCUGUAGAUCUUCUAGGGAAGGUGCAAUUGUCUGAUUACCCUCCCACUGCCCCGAAUUUGCCAUCUACACCACAAGUCUCAAAUCCUCCUCUGAGGUUUCAAAGCCAAAGUGCUAGGUAUAGUAACGGAGCGGAUAUGUAUGGUUAUCCUAAUAAUUCAUUUUCGAGUGGUGGGGAGACUUUUUAUUCAGGUUCAAUUGCUUCAUCUCCACAACCAGUUUUUUCCCAUUCGGUUUCAUUUGAUGGCUCACAUUAUAGUCAGAGUCUGCAGAUUGUGACACUUCAAUCAGCUGAGGCAUCUUUGAAAGUCUUGCUGUUACAUGGGAAUUUAGAUAUUUUGGUGUAUAAAGCUGCAAACCUUCCGAACAUGGACCUGUUCCAUAGGACUCUAGGUGACAUGUUUGCCAGAUUACCAGUGAAUGUCAGCAACAAAAUUGAAGCUCACGUGUCUCGUAAGAUAACCAGUGAUCCAUAUGUCUCUAUAUCUGUAUCUGAUGCCGUAAUUGGCAGGACAUAUGUGAUAAGUAAUAGCGAAAACCCCAUUUGGAUGCAGAGAUUUUAUGUUCCUGUUGCCCAUUAUGCUGCAGAGGUGCAUUUUGUUGUCAAAGACAAUGAUGUUGUGGGUUCCCAGCUUAUAGGGGUUGUUAAGAUCCCAGUUGAGAAGAUAUUUUCAGGAGAAAAGGUUGAGGGAACUUUUCCAGUCCUCAAUUCAACUGGGAAGCCCUGCAAGCCUGGAGCUUCCUUGACCCUGUCAAUUCAGUAUACCCCAAUAGACAAGCUGACGUUUUACCAUAACGGAGUUGGGUCGGGUCCCGAUUAUAGUGGUGUUCCAGGUACAUAUUUUCCUCUUAGGAAAGGUGGAAGAGUUACAUUUUAUCAAGAUGCCCAUGUUCCUGAUGGUUACCUUCCAAAUAUGAAGCUUGAUCAUGGAAUGCACUCUGAGAAUGGGAAAUGUUGGAAUGACAUCUUUGAUGCAUUAAGUCAGGCCCGUCGAUUAAUUUAUAUUACUGGGUGGUCUGUGUACCACAAAGUCAGACUGGUUAGAGAUGCUCCUUAUGCAUCAGAAUGCACCCUCGGGGAUCUUCUUAAGUCCAAGUCACAGGAAGGUGUGAGAGUACUGCUGCUUGUAUGGGAUGAUCCAACUUCAAGGAACAUUUUGGGUUAUAAAACAGAUGGAGUGAUGCAAACCCAUGAUGAGGAGACUCGCCAAUUUUUCAGGAACUCCUCAGUACAAGUAUUACUGUGCUCCCGAUCUGCUGGUAAGCGACAUAGCUGGGCAAAAAAACAGGAAGUUGGUGCAAUCUAUACACAUCAUCAGAAAACUGUCAUUGUGGAUGUCGAUGGUGGUCAUAACAAGAGAAAAAUUAUAGCUUUUGUUGGAGGACUUGAUUUAUGUGAUGGGCGAUAUGAUACCCCCAAACACACUUUAUUUACGACAUUAGAAACGGUGCAUAAAGAUGACUAUCAUAACCCUACAUUCACGGGAUCUACCAUUGGUUGUCCAAGAGAACCAUGGCAUGAUUUGCACUGUAAAAUUGAAGGUCCAGCAGCUUAUGAUGUUCUUACCAACUUUGAAGAGCGCUGGUUGAAGGCUUCAAAACCUCAAGGGAUUAAAAAACUGAAAAUAUCAUAUGACGAUGCCUUACUCAAACUAGAAAGAAUUCCUGACAUCAUUGGGUUUCAUGAUUCUGCUUGCCUAAGUGAGAAUGAUCCGGAGUCUUGGCAUGUCCAGAUUUUCCGUUCAAUUGAUUCAAACUCUGUGAAAGGCUUUCCCAAAGAUCCAAAAGAUGCUAUAAACAAGAACCUUGUUUGUGGUAAAAAUGUCCAGAUCGACAUGAGCAUACAUACAGCAUAUGUAAAAGCCAUCCGAGCUGCCCAAUAUUUCAUUUAUAUUGAAAACCAAUACUUUCUUGGUUCGUCAUAUAAUUGGUCGUCAUACAAAGACUUAGGUGCUAACAACUUAAUACCAAUGGAAAUUGCUCUAAAAAUCGCGAAUAAAAUCAGAGCAAAUGAGAGGUUUGCUGCCUAUAUAGUUAUUCCAAUGUGGCCAGAGGGUGUUCCAACUGGUGCAGCUACUCAGAGGAUUCUCUUUUGGCAGAAUAAAACAAUGCAAAUGAUGUACGGGACUAUAUACAAAGCAUUGGAAGAGGUUGGGCUAGAAAAGACAUAUGUUCCAGAAGAUUAUUUGAAUUUCUUCUGCCUUGGCAAUCGUGAGGCUGUAGAUGGAAACGAAGCUUCCUAUGUAGAAAGCCCUAAUGCAGAAAACACACCUCAGGCACUCUGUCAAAAAAGUCGGCGCUUCAUGAUCUAUGUUCAUUCAAAAGGAAUGAUAGUUGAUGAUGAGUAUGUAAUAUUAGGAUCAGCAAACAUCAACCAGCGCUCCAUGGAGGGUACUAGAGACACCGAAAUUGCUAUGGGUGCCUACCAACCUUCACAUACUUGGGCAAGAAAACUGCGUUCUCCUCGUGGACAGAUAUAUGGAUAUAGGAUGUCACUGUGGGCAGAGCACAUAGGAGCUGUUGAGGAAUGCUUUACACAACCAGAGAGCCUAGAAUGUGUUAGGAGGGUCAGGUCAGUAGGGGAGUUGAACUGGAAACAGUUUGCAGCUGUGGACGUGACAGAGAUGAGGUGCCACCUCCUAAAGUACCCAGUCGAAGUUGAUAGCAAGGGAAAGGUGAAGCCUCUUCCUGGCUGCGAGACUUUUCCAGACGUGGGAGGGAGCAUAGCAGGAACAUUUUUUGCCAUCCAAGAAAAUCUCACAAUCUGAUCAUUCUUGUCAAUCCACUUCCUUCUCUAAGGCCUAAUUCCAUAUUUAGUUGAUAAAUGAUAAUUGGUUUCAGUUGAUACACAGGUUGAGUAGUUCACAAAACAGAUCAAUCGAGACAAGAUUCAUAGUAUACAGGGUUUGGGUCCAUUUAUUGUAUAGUGCUCAACAUAACAAGGAAUGGAUUUUUUUUUUUUUUGUGUGUGGGGGGGUUGAAAUGGAUGUGUUGACUGUAAACCGUGUCUACAUUUAUUGAAAAGGAUUAAGAUUUUACGAUAAAAAAAGGAGCUCAACAUUCGUUUUCAUCAAGUUGCAAUUCAGUAAGGCCAACUCAAUGGACGAUUACACUUGGAGAAGUACUGAAGUAGGAGCCACCAAACCACGCUGGACAUCAAUCUGACUUGCUUUUACCAACCAUUGAUCAA